CUCCGAUCAGUUUGCCGUCGUAUGUCUACCAUCUAGCAACCUAUAGUGAGGAAGUGCGCGCGUUCACGAGAACAUAAUAAGAAUCAACCGGUAGUGUUUUUUUUUUUUGUGCCGCUGCUGUUGACUUCAAAGUGUCAUGGGGCUGAUCAAAUCAGCUGUGACUGCGGUUUGCCUGUUGGGGGUGCUUCUGGCCCCAACCGGCUACAGUCAGUCCACGGCCAAGGUCCUCUGCUAUUACGAUGGAGCCAACUUCCUGAUCGAAGGUCUCGGCAAGGUAUCGCUCACUGACAUCGAAGCUGCCCUGCCCUUCUGUACCCACCUGGUGUACGGUUACGCCGCCGUUGAUCCCGAUUCCAACAAAGCCGUUAGCCGCAAUGCCAACCUCGAUCUGGACACCGGCAAGGGUAACUACCGUCAGGUGACCGGACUGAAACGCAAAUUCCCUGGACUCAAAGUUCUGCUGGGAAUCGGUGGCUACCGCUUCUCGGCUGCUUCGCCAAAGUAUUUGGAACUGCUGGAAUCAGGUGCUGCCCGGAUCACUUUCAUCAACAGCGUUUACUCGAUCGUGAAGGCGUACGACUUCGAUGGAAUCGAUCUGGCCUGGCAGUUCCCACAGAACAAACCCAAGAAGGUUCGCUCCUCUCCGGGUAAGUUGUGGCACGGAUUCAAGAAAGUGUUCACCGGCGAUAGCGUCCUCGAUGAGAAGGCCGACGAACACCGUGAAGAGUUCACCGCCUUGUUGCGUGAAAUGAAGAAUGCUUUCCGUUCGGAUGGAUACCAGCUGGGAAUUACCGUCCUGCCCCAUGUGAACGCUUCCAUGUUCAUGGACAUUCCUGCGAUUGUCAACUAUCUGGACUUUGUCAACAUUGCCGCCUACGACAUGCAAACCCCAGAACGCAACAAGAAGGAAGCCGACUUCUACGCGCCUAUCUAUGAACUGUCUGAGCGAAUCCCCGGAAACAACGUCGAUGGUCUGGUGAAGGUUUGGUUGAACAGCCACGCUCCCGCCUCAAAGCUGAUCGUGAGCAUCCCAACGCACGGCCGUGGAUGGAAGAUGACCGAAGAUUCUGGCAUAACUGGAGUUCCUCCAUUGGUGGCGGAUGGAGCUUCCCCAGCGGGAACUCAACUGCAGCAGGAAGGAUUCUACUCGUGGGCUGAAACCUGUGCCAAGCUGCCGAACCCGAGCAACACGGCUCUGAAGGGUGCCGAUGGUCCUCUGCGCAAGGUCGGAGAUCCAACCAAGCGAUUCGGUUCGUACGCGUUCCGUUUGCCCGAUAGCAAUGGAGAGCACGGAAUGUGGGUUACCUAUGAGGAUCCGGAUAGUGCUGGCAACAAGGCAGCUUAUGUCAAGGCCAAGGGAUUGGGUGGAAUCGCUAUCAAUGAUUUGGCUUUCGAUGACUUCCGUGGUAGCUGUGCUGGAGAGAAGUACCCGAUCCUGCGGGCUGCCAAGUACAGGCUGUAGGCGGUGGGGUUUGAGGAACCAGUGAUUUUUAAUUUGUUAGAUAUAUGUUAACUGCGUAAUAAAUGAUGUUGAUACAUUGAAACAA